AUUUAGAGGAAAUGUCACAAUUCCUCUCCAACAAGUCACCUCAGAGUCACACCUCACACCUCACAACACGUCUUGUCCUUUCAAUUCAGUCUCUCCCUCACACAAAACACAUACGCACACAGACCUCUCUCUGCCCUAACCAACAUGGCUGCAGCAUUUCAUUUUUCCACCACCCAAAAAUCUUCAACUUCACCUUUUCUUCUCGGUGGUUUCAAACCGCACUCCUUCACCUUCCCAAUGAAAGUUUGUCUUAAACCUAAACCUGAAAAGAUGAAUCUGAAACCCAUUUCAGCCGCCUCCUCCAAUUUCCACAGCAAAAAAUUUCAAGAAAGCUUUUUCAAAACAGUUGAAAGGUCGAAGAAAGCUGUUUCUGAAAAUCCUCUCUAUCAAUCCAUGGUUGAAGAAGAAGAAAUGCUGAAACUAAAGCUACAACAGAUUAAUGAGGAAAAAAUAAAUCUAGAAGAAAAACUUCAAAACUUGAUUAUCAAAAAAGAUGAAUUCGUUAGAGAGACCCUUGUACAAACUUUUGCUGUUGCAAUAAUGAUGGGAGAGUUUGGAGGUAUGAAGAUUCGUUAUUGGAAGGGGGCAGUAACAGAUGGACUCUCCGAGACUAUCAGCAAGAUUAGAGAAAAACAAGGUAUCAUUGAAGAUGAUGAGGACGGCGGCAUAAAUAAUGACUCUCAAUAUGAUGACAUAGGUGAUGAACUUGAAGAGGACGACAUAGGUGACGAAGAGGAUGAUGAAGAGGACGACAUAGGUGACGAAGAGGAUGAUGAAGAUGAUGAUGAGUUUGAUGAUUUUAAAUGAGUUGGAUGAUGUUGUUUUAGGAUUGAACUAAGCAUUAAACUUGAAGAAACUAUGUAUUUUGUCAUUUUGUUAGACUUGUACUUCUGAGUAUUAAACUUAUUGUGGUAUUAAGUCAUGUUAGACAUUUUGUGUCGACAAUGUGUAUUUGAAUUAAUGUGUGAAGAUUUUAGUGACACUUUUGUAGUAAAUGCAAUUUGUGUUUGAUGCAA